AUGCUUUUACAAAAGAAAUUGAUGACGGUUACAGAAGAGCAAAUUGUUAGCUUGGCAAUAUCUGAUAUGCUAUAUAUCAUGAUUGGGUCUGGCACCCAAUUACUAAUAGCAUUUGCCACCAUAAACAAUCAAUUACCUAUUUUCUUAUAUGAUUCAAUCGCUUGUCGACUUCUUGCUGCUAUUCAGGCGUCGUUGGCCAAAGUUAAUGUCUAUACUAUGACAUUGAUUUCGGUUACCCGUUAUGCAGUCAUUGUUAAACCUAUUAAAUAUCAACCCUAUCUCAAGCCAAGAUAUAAUCGGAUUGUUCUUGCCAUUAUUUUUACCCUAUCCUUUGGCUUAUCGAUUUUGCCUGUUUUUCAGUUAUGGGGAAAAUAUCAAUAUUCUAACCAAACUGGUUUAUGUUUUCCACUAUCGACGGCAGAGAAUGAUCCAGCUGUUGUUUCUUAUGAAGUUACCAUGGAUUUAACAUUUAUAUUAAUACCGUCUGUUAUUAUGUUUUUUAGUUACUUUAAAAUUAUUUUACUUUUACGUCUAAGCCGACGCCAAAUUACAAGUUACCACAACAAUAGUACGAAAAGCAUUAAUGCAAGCAAUUCUACUAAUACAUUGUCAGCAACUUCAUCGAUUGCAAAAGUCGUUUCUUUUACCCUUCAAAGUCGUCUAUCAUUUCAUCGUAAAAAUAGUGUUAGCUUUCGCUCCAGCAUUCGCCAACUUGAAUAUCGAUUAACCAAAACGAUUAUGCUAGCUUUCAUUGUCUUCUUAAUAUCUUAUUUUCCCCAUUCAAUAUCAUGUACACUUGCACUGUUUGGUAUUACCAUAUCAUCGACAACAUCAACAAUCCUACUUCAUUUAACAUACGUUAAUGGUAUACUUGGUCCGUUAAUUUAUAUAACUAGAAGUGCUAGAGUGAGACAGUCGUUACGGUGUAACCGACGCAUUAUUCACGUUGCACAUUAA